GGGGCGCGGAGCGGGCGCGGGUUCGCCGCCGCUGCGGGCAGGUGCGGGCGGGCGGCACCGGCGGCACCGGGCGGGGGGGCCGCGCCUGCCGCCAGCCGCGAUUGGCCCGGCCCGGCCCGGCUCGGCCCCCUCCGGGGGGGCCCGUCCCGCUGCCCCCCUCCGCGCCCCGCUUUUAAGCCCCCGGUGCCGGCGGGGUGCUCGGGCUCCACCGGCGGCGAUGACUCCCUGCGCGCCGUGAGCACGGCCCCAGGUCAAGGAUGGUCCAUGUGAUGGGGGAUGCCGGCUGCUGGCUCCUGCUCGGGCUCUCCCUCCUCCCCAUCGCCGUCCUGGGCUCCCAGGACCAUGGGAAGGUGAUCCACAUCAACAGGGUGCAGCACCAGGCCGUGCGCGUGGGGCUGGGGGAGCCCGUCGCCCUCCCCUGCCUCUUCCUGCUCCAUCCCUCCGCCUCGCUGGGGCCCAACGAGCCCCCCGACCCCCCCCGCGUCAAAUGGAGCAAGGUGCGCUCGGCCACCGGCCAGAGGGAGGACGUCCCCAUCCUGGUGGCCAAGGACAACGCGGUGAAGGUGGUGAAAGCCUACGAGGGCCGGGUGUCCCUGCCCGGCUACCCCCGCGACCGCUACAACGCCACGCUGGUGCUGCGCGCCGCCCGCGCCAGCGACGCGGGGCUGUAUCGCUGCGAGGUGGUGGCCGGCAUCGACGAUGAGCAGGACCUGCUGCCCCUGGAGGUGACGGGUGUCGUCUUCCACUACCGCCCCGCGGGCCAGCGCUAUGCCCUGACCUUCGCCGCCGCCCGUCGCGCCUGCUUGGACAACUCGGCCGUCAUCGCCUCACCCCAACACCUCCAGGCCGCCUUCGAGGACGGCUACGACAACUGCGACGCGGGCUGGCUAGCCGACCAGACCGUGCGGUACCCCAUCACGCUCUCCCGGCCUGGCUGUUAUGGAGACCGCAACAGCCUCCCCGGCGUCCGCAGCUACGGCCGGAGGGAGCCCGGCGAGGAGUACGAUGUCUACUGCUACGCCCAGGAGCUGCGAGGGACGGUGUUUUACACCACGGUGCCGGGGCGGUUCACCUGGCAGGGGGCCCGCAGGCACUGUCGGAGCCGGGGGGCUUCGUUAGCCACCACGGGGCAGCUCUACCUGGCGUGGCGCGAGGGCUUGGACCAGUGCGACCCGGGCUGGCUGGCCGACGGCAGCGUCCGCUACCCCAUCAGGCUCCCGCGCAGGAAAUGCGGCGGCGAGGCCUCGGGCGUCAGGACCCUCUACCAGUUCCCCAACCGCACCGGCUUCCCCCCCGCCACCUCCAAAUUUGACGCCUACUGCUAUAAAGCGCACGUGGCCGCGGGGCAGAGGGAGCCGCAGGAGCCGGUGCCACCCACUCCCGACCCGCCGGGCAGCGACAAUGUGCUGGUGGAGCACGGCGAGGACCUGGGCACGUCGGGGGAUGCCCGGGACACCCUGCGUGACCGCUACAGCCUCCUGCCGCAGCCGGGGCCCGCGGGGCUGGGCGAGGAUGAGGACGAGCAGUUGCGGCUGGCGAGCAGCAGCCCAGCGGCGCGGCGCGGUGACCUCCCCGCGGCUGCCACGGCGGCUGCUGGCCUGGGGGUGGGCGAUGGCGGCACAUCCCUGCCUCCCACCACGGCCUCCUCGCCGGCGUGGCCCCACGAGGAUGAAGCUCUCAACGUGGUGGACCAGGCGCCGGUGAGCUCCUGGCAGGAUCCAUCCAGCCCAGCACCGCCGGCGCACGAAGCCCCUGCUCCCGAGGAGCCCCCGGCCGCCCUCCUGCCGCAGUCCCAAAGCCCAGCCCGGCAGCACGUCACCGGCUCACCGUCGGGGCUGGGGACGGUCCCCGGCAUGGCAGCGGAGACCCCCAGCACCCCCCUGGCCAGCUCCCGCGCCCCGAGGCGGAGCAGCUAUGCCGGGCUGAACGGGCGCUACUUCCAGCUCCAGCGGCAAAGCCGGGACCCCGCGGUGGCAGCUGGGGACCCCACGGUGGCUGGGGAUCCCACGGUGGUGGGUGACCCGGUGGGGACGGUCAGCCAGGCCCCCGUCCUGGCCCUGGAGGUGAAGGGGGCUGCAGCCAACGCGGUGGAGACGUGGAGCAUCUCCCACACCGGCACCGAGAGCCUCCGGCGGGAGGGCACCUACUCACCCUCCAACGCGGUGGAGGAGGAGAUCGGCCCCGAGCUGAUGGCACCAGCCACCCCCCCAGUGUCACCCUCGCCACAGGCGCCUUCCCGGAGGGAUUUGCCGCGGUGGAGCCCCCGCAUGGCCCCCCACAAUCCCGAGGGACCCGCACGGACGCCCCCUCUGCCGUCCCCAGCCCUGCCUGCCUCUGUUGGUCCCCACGAUGCUCUCAGCCACCAGGACAUCACCACACUCCGGGCUCAGCCCCGCGUCCCCAGCGCCCGCGGGGACUCUCCCCGGCCACCCGCGGAUGCCACCGAGGACUUCUCCGGGGACGCUCUCUCCCAGGAGGAUGGUGGCUCCGUCCCGCCACGGCCCCCGCUGCCCCCAGCCCCGCUGGUGGCCGAGAGCCCCGAGAUGGCCCCGCAGCCCCGCGGUGACGGCGGUGACGGCAGCGGGGCCCUGGGCAAUGGCUCACUGGAGAGGCAGAGGAAAGCGGUGACCUUCUUUCACCCAGCCAGCCCCUCCAUGGGGCACCCCGUCACCCCCAGCCCCACCGAGGCGGCUGCUCCCCAGCCCCGGGGGGAGCUCAGCCCCACGGCUCCCCACGGGCCAUUUGAGCCGCCAUCUGAGCUGCCGUCUGAGCGCAGCCAUGAGCAGCCGGUCGGGUACGGUGAUGCCGGGAAGGGCUCAGCCAAGCCAAGCAGCGAAGCAGCCGUGUCCCCCCCAGUGCGUGAUGUCCCCUCGCCUUCGCCUGCCCCCGUGGCCAGCGAGGUGACCCUGUGGGCCAGCACCGAGCAGCCGGUGGAGGCGGAUGCGCUGGAGCCGGCAGCCGAGGAGGGGUCCACGGGCUUCGCCUCCAUGGCCCCACAGCCCACCAGCCACCUUGCACCGGAGCUGGGGGGAGCGGAGCAGCUCCUCCUGCCCCCCCCAGCCCCUCGGCAGCCUCCCACCAGCCCCAGCCCCCCGGGUGUCCCCAGCCAUGAGGAUGCACCAAUGGCCCCCGGCGAGGAGGAUGCCUCCGGGCAGGCGAAGAGGGAAGAGACCCCCGCACCCCCUGGCUCGGCCACCCGCAGCCCCCGGCCGUCACCCACUGCCCCCCACCCAUGGGUGCUGGAGGCUUCCGAGUCCCCGAGCACGGGGCUGCUCUUUGAGCCCUCCACGGCAGCUUUGCCGGGGGGGUCCCCGCUGCUGGAUGCCGACAGCGGGAGCGGCGAGGAGCCGGGGCUGGAGGAGCGGGAGCUGCUGGCCUGGGCAGGCGCCGACAACGCCAGCCGGCACGCCCCGUCCGACCCCUGCCAGAACAACCCCUGCCUGCACGGCGGGACCUGCCGCGCCAACGGCACCGUCUGCGGCUGCAGCUGCGCCCCGGGCUUCACCGGGGAGAACUGCGAGAUCGACAUCGACGACUGCCUGUCCAGCCCCUGCCAGAACGGUGGCACCUGCAUCGACGAGGUCAACUCCUUCGUCUGCCUCUGCCUGCCCAGCUACGGCGGCAGCCGCUGCGAGAAAGACACGGAGGGCUGUGACCACAACUGGCACAAGUUCCAGGGUCACUGCUACCGGUACUUCGCCCGCCGGCGCUCCUGGGAGGACGCGGAGCGGGAUUGCCGCCGCCGCGCCGGCCACCUCACCAGCAUCCACUCGCAGGAGGAGCACGGCUUCAUCAACGGCUUCGGGCACGAGAACACCUGGAUCGGGCUCAAUGACAGGAUCGUGGAGCAGGACUUCCAGUGGACCGACAACACCGGCUUGCAAUACGAGAACUGGCGGGAGAACCAACCCGACAACUUCUUUGCGGGCGGCGAGGACUGUGUGGUGCUGGUGUCCCACGAGAUCGGCAAGUGGAACGACGUGCCCUGCAACUACAACCUGCCCUACAUCUGCAAGAAAGGCACAGUGCUGUGCGGGCCCCCGCCGGAGGUGGCAAACGCCUUCCUGGUGGGGAAGAAGAAGGAGAAGUACAGCAUCCACUCCAGCGUGCGCUACCAGUGCGAGGAGGGCUUCACCCAGCGCCACGUGCCCACCAUCAAGUGCCACAGCACCGGCAAGUGGGACCGGCCCAAAAUCCUCUGCACAAAACGCGGUCGCACCGAGCGCGGCGGCACCACCACCACCGGCACAGCCACCCCCACCACCAGCACCACCACCACAAACCCCGCAAGGAGCGGCGAAAACACCGCAAGCACCUCCGGCUGGACUGGAUGGAGGAGGGCCACUACUUCUAGAGCCGGGGGGGGGGACGAGGAAGCACAAAGGUCCCCGAAGGGAUGCGGUGACAUUUCCUGGCCCCCUCCCAACCCCCCUCCCUCUUUUAUAACCUCCCCCCCGCCAACCCUUGGCUUUAGCUCCUAGGAUGCCCGGCCCCGUAGGGAAUAGGAUCCGGAGGGGGCGGCUGCGUGUGCGUCCCCAGCCCUCCCUGCAUGCCCCACGCUCAGCCCCCCCGACCCGGGGUCGAGCCCCCAGCCCCACAUGGGGACCCCCCCAUCCCGCACGGGGGCUGUUCCCCGGCUGGGCUCCGGCCCCCUCCCCAAAGAGGGGGGUUAAUCCGCCAGCCCCCCCCCCCUUCCCGUGUCCCACCUUGGCCAUCGUGGCCCAGGGUGGCUCCAGUUUUUUAGCAGCCCCCCCUCCAUCUUCCCGCCCCAGCCCCCCAGUCCUGCUCGUGGGGCGUCCCUGUGGCCGGCAUGGGGACCCUGCCCGGCGCUGGGUGGGGGGGGACGGGACGACGACGAUGCCACCGGGACCUGUGUCCCACUCUGCCGCCUGGUUUUGGGGGUUGAUUUUUAUUUUCCCUUUCCGUUUGUCGUCGGGUCCCCGUUGGAGUUGGCGUGUGUGUGUGUACGGCGCUUUCUGAUCUCUGCUGUUUGCGACGUGACUGCCGUGUCCCGAGCCCCCUCCCCAUCCCUGUCCCCCCCCGUCCCCUCCCCUCCCCUCCCCGAGCCCCGUGCCAUUUCUGACUUUGCCUUUCUGUACUG